AUGAAAAGAAUGCCUACAAGUGACGCAAUGAGAUUUGGAAUAGAUAAUGAAGUCAUUGAAAUGAACGGUGAAUGGCAAAAUGCACCCUCUCGCAACAAUAGUAAACGAUUCAAUGGAAACAGUGACAAGGAGUACCGUCAACAACAAGCUGGAAGAACCUUUGUGAACUCGAAACAGGCAGAAACAAAUCAGACACGUCAGCAGCAGUCUCCUGUUCUUACUUCCCUUACUCAACAACCAGAUUCAUUAAACGAAAGACAAAUUAGAAUUACAGAUCACGCUCUGGAUUACGCUGCUGACUACCACUACACACCUUUCAAAUUAGUAUGUCAGCCAAAGCUUCAAGAUAAGAAAAAAGCCGCGAAAAUGAUCAAUGAAUUAAUCAGUUUUAUAAAAGCAAGAUUUUCUUUCUCUACUGAGAUUCUCUUCGAUUCGUGGUGGAUUGAUUUAUCGGGUGAUGUACAGAUUCUGAUUAAAAAUACUGAACUUUAUGUCUGUCUCUGUAAUAAUGAACGUUAUCCAGAACAUUUGAAUGGCACUGAAAUAUCCCCUGUUCUACCUCUUCACCUGCCUCCUCAAUAUACAGCAAUUGUCAAAUGGAUUCAUAAUGAUGUACAGGAUGAUGAUAUUAGAGAAGAGUGA